AUGAAUAUAUUUUUUCCGAUAGCGAAGAGCACAUGCAAAAGCCUUUGAAACAUGUCAAAAUAUGUGUGUGUGUUUUAAUCAGCAACAGCGCCUCGUCACUGCUGUUAGAGCAAGAUGGCAAUGGGUCAUCUUUUUUCUUCCCUCUUUGCUCUCUUCUCUGCGCCAUUUGCAAAAGUUGCGUAAUUGUGUUGUCGUCGAUUCACAAGAAAUGUGUCAUUCAAGUUCCUGGUUCUCGCUAGCAGCUAAUUUUGUUCUUUUUCUUUUCAGCCAAAACGUCAUAUCUAUUCCCUGGUGUUUUCCCCAAUUUAUUUCUGCGAAAAUGUGCGCGCGAGUUUACGUAAUGCGCGGGCUUGGCUUUUGCGGGAAUUCGGUUUCGUGCACGUUUUUUUAUAAUUAUUGUUGAAGUGCUUGCGCGCUCACAUGAUAAAAUGAUAAUUCGUAAGUGGUGUAGUGUCAGCUCAAAGGCAAAGUUCAUUAGAAAAAAUCCACCACCAACAAAGCGUCGCGCCACUGAACCACAACCACCACCAACCGCCGCCGCGACACUGUAUUUCGACUCUAUUUUUGACGUUAGCAACAACGGAUUUCUAUUGCUGUUAUGCCUGAUGUAUUCGAGGCACCCCUGCUCGCCCUUUUGGUACUAAGCCACUGGUAUGCAUACGUCGGAGACGAAACAAGCAACGAAACGACGAAACGAUGAAAACGAUGGCAUGACUGUACUAUGUAUAUGUGUAUGUUAUGUACACCACGAAACAUACACAGGCGCUCGGCGUGUCUGUGUGUGUGUGUGUAUCUAUGUGUGCGUGUUUGCCAUGCACAGACCAGACCAGGUAUAGUGGAGGGUUAUGUACGCGCUUCGCGCCUGUUGCAAAAUUCAGUGCCGCUUUUUCGUUCGUGACGAAAGGAUGUACGCUCGGUUGUAGCCACGUAUGAAACGUACAUACAUAUACAUUCACACAGAUACACACACACAUACGCACAAAGCGCUACAAACAAGAGAGUUUUUGGCCCAAAAGUAUUGAGAGAGUUUUUCAAAAAUGCCCAAAAGCACAGAAUUUGAAGAGCUCGCACAGUUGCUCAAGUCUUGGAACGUUAGCGAGCUGUUGCCGCAUUUGCAAGAUGAGGCUAUUAAUACGCAGGAGCUGCAGAUGAUAAAGCGGCAUCAUUUGAAGGAAUUGCUGCGCAACUUUCGCUUCGGCACGCGCAUUCGCUUCGAGCAUCACUUGGAACGCUGGCGUCGCUGGCUAAAUGUGCCGCUGCAGGAUGCAGCCGACGAUAGACUCUGCAAUGGUGCCUGCCAGAUUAGCUGCGCCUCGGAGGAUACACAAGUGUUGGUUAAGACGCAGGCCAAGGAGGACAGUCUGCGCUUGCAGCAGCAGCAGCAACAGCAACAGUUGCUGCUACAACAACAGCAGCAGCAGCUGCAAGCAGUGCAACAGCAACAACAACAGCAGCCGCAGCAACAACAACAGCAAUUGCCCUCGGAGCCAUUUGUAUCGCUCAACGAGGUGGGCGAUGGCUCCUCAUUUAAUGUGCCGCUGCCGCUGAGCGAUCAUCAUGAUCUGCACACAGAGCUAGUGCAGACGGAGCUGCUCAAGCCGGAGCUCGUCGAGCAGGAUACCAAUGAGGAGAGCGGCGUCACUGUGCUCUCCAUACUGCAUGCGUCGCCCACUAAGGCGCAGUCGCUGCUGGAACGCAUUGGCCAGAAUGUGCAGCUGGAUGCUGUGCAGCGUCUGCUGCUCAUACAGCUCAUCUGCAGCUACUACGAGGAUAAUCGUUUGCAUCUAACGCUGCAGCGCAGUCAUCUGCUGGAGCGUGAGAUUCUGCAGCUGUUCCCAAUGGAGCAGCUCUGCUUCUAUCGCACCGAGCGGCGUGGCAAGAUCUACGUGCGAUUCACCAACAUGAAGCGCAACAAGCGCUUCGGCAAGCAGAGCGAGGCCAAGCGCAGGCGGGAGGAGCAGCCCAUUGUGGUGCAGAAUGCGUUCACCAAGACAGAGGUUACCUUCAGCGGUGAUCCGAUGUCUAGUCCAGAGAGAUCAGAUUGAUAUUCUAAGCGUAGAAAUAGGAAAUAAGCAGGAAACUAGGGCCUAGGCUAUGCGCCCAACUUAAACGAGAGAAAGAGAAAUGAGAGAGAAGAGAGUACAUGGUAAAGAACGUUCCAUACCGUAAUGUGUAAAUAUUACUCCAAAAGUAUCAUUCAUAUUCUGUUCUUUAAAAGAAUACUUUUUACUAUUUCUAGUUGUCAUAUGUUUUGAAAAACUCCCCGAUUAGUAGUAUCCACUUAAUAUUUAAGCCGUUACCUAUUCCAUAGUUGAAUUUUACGUUAAUAAGUAAAAAUACUUAAUGUUCAUAU